GCUAUCGACCACCACCACCACGACCACCACACCGACAGAGUAACACACCGACAUGCCUGUGCCAGACGAAGAGAUCCACCCCGUCGCCACCGGCGCCGCCGCCUCGCUCGUCGCGGCCCGCAAGACACCCGUGGGCAAAGACGGCGUCAAGUUCUACUCGGGCUGGUUCUGCCCCUUUAACCAGCGCACCUGGAUGGCCCUCGAGGAAAAAGCCAUCCCGUACGAGUACGUGGAGAUCAACCCGUACAAAAAGGAGCCUUCGUUCCUCAAGCUCAACCCAAAGGGCCUCGUCCCCUGCCUCGAGUCCAACGGCAUCCCCCUGGCCGAGUCCUCGAUCCUUGUCGAGUUCCUCGAGGAUGCCUAUCCCUCUACGCGCAAGCUACUGCCGGACUCGGCCGAGCAAAAGGCCCUCGCACGCAUGCGCAUCGACCUCGUCGCCAAAAAGUGCGUGCCGGCCUACAUGCGCCUGCUCCAGGCCCAGACGCACGACGCGCAGCGCGAGGCGCGGGCCGAGUACGCGGCUGCGCUCAAGGAGUUUGCCUCGUACCUUGACGGCAACAAGGGCCCCCUGCAUGGCGGAAAGGACAUUGAUGCCGUCGACAUUGCGCUCGCGCCCUGGGCUGGCAGGCAGUACAUCAUCGAGAACAACAGGGGCGGCAAGCUGACGGCCCAGGAGACGGGCGAAAAGUACCAGGAGUGGUACAAGGCGAUCCUGUCGCACCCCACGCUGCUCAAGACGAUGAGCGACGCAGAGCACUACGAGCCCAUCUACGGUCGCUACCUGCGCGACGAGGCACAGUCCGAGGCGGCCAAGGCCCUGCGCGCGGGCCGGGUGAUUCCUUAGUUUUAAGAUGUGUGUGUCAGCAACAGCAUCGUUGGCGUGUACGAGAGAGAGUGUAUCUAAGGAAUGCUACAGCGAUAGUAAUGUAUAUUUUUGGAUCAGGCGCCCCAUCAUUGGCCCUGCUUG